AUGCCUCCGAAGGUCGACGUCAACGACCCAGAGAAUGCAAGGCUUCUCAAGCUUUUCGAGUCGCUCAACCUGAGCGGCAACAGAGCCGUUGAGACGCUCACGAACCCAAAGCACACCGCCGCCCUCGAGAGCGUCAUCACAGACAACAACCUUACCGACAAGUCCGUUGACCCCAAGGCGUCAGCACUCAUCAUCUCCGCAUCUACGGCCAAGGAGGCCUCCAACAAGCAGAGCAGAGACUAUGUCGUAUCACGCAUCGUCGAUGGCAGUCUCACAUCAUCCGAUCAGGUCAACGCAGCAUACAAGUUCCUAUCAAAUAUCGACGGCGAACCAGAAAGGGCCGCCUUUGACAAAGAGUGUGGUGUCGGCGUCGUAGUCACUCCCGAACAAACCCGCAAGGCAGUAGACGAUUAUAUCGCAUCCCACAGGUCCGAACUCGAUCCCGUUGAGGGCUGGCCGAAGCUCGGCUCCAUCCUCACAGGCGUCAAGGCGACACCAGAGAUGCGAUGGGCCAGCGCAGUCGACGUCAAGAACUCGGUCGAUGCCGCACUCCUCGCCACAUUCGGACCCAAGAAGGCACCACCUCCCAAGGAAAAGAAGAAAUCCGCCGCUUCCGCUUCCACCUCAGAUGCGAAGAAGGAUGCAGCACCCGCCGGCCCUGUCGACCCGGAUGCCAUGUUCAAGGAAGGCUUCCUCGCCAACCUGCACAAGCCCGGCGAGAACCCCCAGAUUAAGCCAGAGCUCAAGCAGCAGCACCUCGCCGCCACCAAGGGCAUGGUCAUGACUCGUUUCCCACCAGAACCCAACGGCUUCCUCCACAUUGGUCACAGCAAGGCCAUCGCCGUCAACUUUGGCUUUGCCCGCUUCCACGGCGGUCUCUGCUACCUCCGAUACGACGACACCAACCCGGAAGCCGAAGAGGAAAAGUACUUUACCAGCAUCCUCGAGACGGUGCGAUGGCUUGGCUUUGAGCCUUUCAAGGUUACCUAUUCGAGUGACUACUUCCAGCAGCUCUACGAGCUCGCCGUUGAGCUUAUCAAGCGUGGCAAAGCGUACGUCGAUCAUUCGACCCCCGACGAGAUCAAGGAGCAGCGAGGAGGUCCCGAACGUGGGCCCCGCAAGCCCUCACGUUUCCGCGACCGUCCCAUCGAGGAGUCGCUCCAGGACUUUGAAGAUAUGAAGAACGGUAAAUAUGCGCUGGGCAAGGUCACACUACGCAUGAAGCAGGACAUUGAGAACGGCAACCCGCAGAUGUGGGACUUGAUCGCCUACCGUGUUCUCGAGGCUUCGCAUCACCGCACGGGCAAGCAAUGGUGCAUCUACCCGACCUACGACUUUACCCACUGUCUCGUCGAUAGCUUUGAGAACAUCAGCCACUCGCUCUGCACCACCGAGUUCAUCCUCUCGCGCGAAUCGUACGAGUGGUUGUGCGACGCCCUCGAGGUGUACAAGCCGCGCCAGUCCGAAUACGGCCGUCUGGCGCUCCAGGGCACCGUCAUGUCCAAGCGCAAGAUCCUCAAGCUCGUCAAGGAAGGCUACAUCGAGGACUGGGAUGACCCGCGCAUGUUCACGCUUAUCGCCCUCAGGCGCAGGGGUGUGCCUCCUGGCGCCAUCCUGUCGUUUGUCAGCGCGCUGGGUGUCACCACGGCAAAGUCGACCAUCCAGAUCAGUCGUUUCGACCAGGCUGUGCGUCAGUACCUCGAGUUCUCGACGCCGCGAUUGAUGAUGGUGCUCAACCCGCUCAAGGUCACCAUCGAAAACUUGCCCGAGGACCACUUCCAGGAGCUCGAGAAGCCGCUGCAUCCCAAGGCACCCGAGAUGGGCACCAACAAGAUACCCUUCACCCGCACCGUUUACAUUGACUCGUCCGAUUUCAGAACCGAGGACAGCAAAGACUACUUCCGCUUGGCACCCGGAAAGACGGUCGGCCUGCUGCAGGUGCCCUUCCCCAUCACGUGCAAGUCUUUCAAGACGAACGAGAAGGGCGAGCCGAUCGAGGUGAUUGCGACCUACGGCGAUGCGAACACUGCUAAGCCCAAGACGUACAUCCAGUGGGUGGCGGAGCACGCAGCCUCGAACAGUCCGGUCAAGGUCGACGAGGCGCGCAUCUUCCACCAGCUGUUCACCUCGGACGAUCCGGCUGCCGAGGAAAAUUUCUUGGACCACGUCAACCCGGACUCGCUCGAGAUUGUGCGCGGCGCCAUGGUCGAGGUGGGCUUCUGGAACGUGGCCAAGCGCAGCAUCGAGCUGGCGCGUGCCGAGGCUACUGAGCGCACUCAGAAGGCGGAAGCGGACGCGGCCAAGGCGCGCGGCGAGACGGAGACCGCUGCGACGGAGGCUGCGGGCGCAGGUGCCCCCGAGCGUACGGCCGAGCAGCUCGUGGGUAAGGAGUUGGUGCGUUUCCAGGGUAUGCGAACCGCGUACUUUGCCCUCGACCGUCUCAGUGGCGACCUGGGCCUGUUUGGGGACAAGAAGCCGGGCGGGCCGAUCGUGCUCAACCGCAUUGUCAGUCUGAAGGAGGAUGCUAAGAAGGACGACAAGAAACCGACGGCGCCGGUUGCCUCGGGUAAGAAGGCCAAGUGA